CCGGCAAAAGUCGAGUUCAACCCUCAUGAACAGUCGAAGGUGCCCCCGCACUAGGAAAGAAUCAGGUGGUGGGGUAGCUUCCGCCGGCAAAUGUCCCACCGAAACGUCAUGUUGGGCGGCGCAAUGGAAGACAAGCGACGCCUAAAAAGGAACCCCGGAAUCGAGCUUCCAUCGGCGUGGGAUGCCCACAAGCCGCUCUCCGUUUCUUCCUGUCCACUAAUAAUUGGUUAGAUAUUUCUAGUUUUGUCAUAACGGCGAACUCGUUCAUCUUUCUCAAUUGAUUGAACAGCUCCUGACUUCGAAGACCCUCACAUCUCACCAAAUCGACUCAUCUCGCUACGAAAAUGGAGUCAAACCGCGCGAUACCUUUGGUCAACAAGGCCCAGAGUGAAAACUAUGGCAUACCUGCGAUGUGCUGUUACAAUACCGAAGGUAUUCUCGCCACAGUCCGCGCAGCAGAAGCUAAGAAAUCGCCUGCCAUGAUCUUACUCUUUCCCUGGGCAAUCCACUACGCAGGCUCAUGUCUUGUGCAUUUGGCGGCAGAAGCAGCGCGCAAUGCUUCCGUGCCUGUUACUGUGCACCUCGACCACGCGCAAGACCCGGAGAUUGUCAAAAGAGCAGCAGACAUGGGCGGUUUCGACAGCAUCAUGAUUGACAUGAGCCACUACGAGAAAGAGGAGAAUUUGAGGCUCACCACUGAGUUGACAAAGUAUUGUCACGACAGGGGCAUUGCCUGCGAGGCCGAGCCAGGGAGGAUCGUGGGUGGAGAGGACGGGGUUGGAGACACAGAGGAUCUCGAAUCGCUCUUGACGACGCCUGAAGAGGCGCAGAGAUUUGUGGAUUGCGGUAUUGAUUGGCUGGCACCAUCCUUUGGCAACGUCCACGGCAAUUAUGGGCCGCGAGGCAUUCAGCUUGAAUACGACAGACUUGAGUCCAUCAAGCAGGCUGUUGGUGAUCAAGUUAGACUAGUGCUCCACGGCGCAGACCCCUUUACAACGGAGAUCUUCCAGAGAUGCAUUGGCCACGGAGUCAGCAAGAUCAACAUCAAUAAGGUUUUGAACAAUCCUUGCCAGGAUGUUUGGGAGGAGAAAUCGAAUAAGGCUCCAUUCACGAGUGUCAUUGAAGAGGCGACAUUGAGAAUGCAGAAGGCAGUAGAAUCAUGUUGCGACAUGCUUGGAUCGACAGGCAAGGCGUGAAGAAUUAUUGUAAUACAUACAGAUAGUGUGUGCUCUGCAAAAUUACAGACUAAGAAAUUUGUAUGGAAGUCAUAUUAGU